CUUUGCACCACUCUUGUGUAAUUACACAAACUGAUAUAAAUGUGUAUUUACAAUCAUUGUACAAAAUUAUAUCUGCAAAAAAACGAAUUCAAGGUCAGUCGUACUCUUGGAGUUGGUAGUCGUCUACUGUAACGCCUAAAUGGCGGCGGGUGAUAUGUCAACAAUAGGCUGUGCUGCAGCCCUCAAGAAAUCUUCAAAAUCCAAACAUAAUAACGAUAAAGACGCAGUCUCGCACAAUGGACGCAGCGAAAAUGGUAAUGGCCAGUUUAUAACAUCAAAUAUAAAUAUGCGCGGCGGUUUGCGUGUUUAUAAAAUAGUCAUACUCGGCGAUGGUGGAGUGGGAAAAUCGGCUGUAACAUUACAAUUUGUAAGCCAUAGUUUUUUGGACUACCAUGAUCCAACAAUUGAGGAUUCUUAUCAGCAACAGGCUGUUAUUGAUGGAGAAGCCGCUCUUCUAGAUAUUCUAGACACUGCUGGCCAGGUUGAGUUUACUGCAAUGCGUGAUCAGUAUAUGCGAUGUGGUGAAGGUUUCAUCAUAUGUUAUUCUGUAACAGAUCGUCACAGUUUUCAAGAGGCUACGGAGUAUCGAAAAUUGAUACAACGGGUACGACUCUCCGAAGAUAUACCAUUAGUUUUGAUUGCAAAUAAACUUGAUUUGGAAUCUCAGCGUAAAGUGACUACAGAGGAAGGCAAAAAUCUGGCAAACCAAUAUGGUUGCCCAUUUUUCGAGACAUCAGCUGCUCUUCGACAUUAUAUUGAUGAAGCCUUCUACACGCUAGUACGUGAAAUAAGACGUAAAGAACAACAGAGGGCACUUGGUAAUGGCACAAGUUCCGAAAAACUAAACUCGCGACGACGCAGCCGUUGGUGGCGUAUACGCUCUAUUUUUGCAUUAGUAUUCCGACGGCGCAGAAAUUUGAACUAAAAAAACUAAACUAAAAUUAUAUUUAUUUAAUAUAAAUUUAUGUAUAUGUUGGUAUAUAGUUUAAGACUUCAACAAUGCAACAAGUAUAGUUUAGAAAAGUGUUAUUUAUAAUUAUAAUUUUUGCUUUGACUAUCUUAAAUUUUGUUAAACAGGGUAAUAACUAUUUGAAAAUACUUCAAGCUUUAGCACAUACUAUAUAUAAAACUUAUUACUGAGAAAACAAGAACAGUUCCCAACAACAAAUU